AUGGAUUCGAAAUCGCCACCAUGGCUGCUCUCGCGGGACGAGAGCAUUGGCCAGAAGUUCGAGGAUGUUAUGAACAACAACCCGCUGGGCGCCCAAGUAGAUCAAGAUGCCGUUCUGACCGCUAUUGGCACAUCCCUCGGCGUCACCUGCGCCAUAUUCAUAGCAUUCCUACUAUUGCGACCUUUCAACACUAUCGUUUACGCCCCCCGCCUGCGUUACGCCGACGAAAAGCACCGACCGCCGCCGCUCGAUAAAUCGCUAUUUGCCUGGUACAAACCAGUGUUCAAGACAAAUGAGGAUUAUUAUGUCGAACGAAUCGGCAUGGAUGCGACUAUAUUCCUUCGGUUCGGGAGAAUGUGCCGCAAUAUGUUCAUCACUCUGGCUGUCUUUGGAUGUGCAGUUAUUGUUCCCAUCAACAUUAUCUACUCGAUCAGGCAGGGCAAGCUCACUGGCAGCUUGACGGAUCAGUCGCUGGCCACCUUCACCCUGAUGACACCUCAAAGGAUGUACGGUGAGGCUCUUUGGGCCCACGUGGUUAUGGCAUAUGUCUUCGACUUCAUCGUGUGCGGUUUCUUGUGGUGGACAUACCGUGCCGUGCAUCGUCUGCGUCGAACCUACAUGGAGAGCCCCGAGUAUCAGAACAGUUUGCAUGCCAGGACCCUUCUGAUAACUGACGUCAAGAAGAACAUGCGCAGCGACCAAGGCUUAGUGGAUAUCACGGACAGCGUCAAGACUACAUCGGAAGUACCGCGAACGACUAUUGGCAGGAACGUCAAGGAUAUCCCAGAUUUGAUCGAGGCGCACGAGGAAGCGGUCAUGGAGUUAGAGGCAGUUCUUUCAAAAUACUUGAAGAACCCCGCCCAAUUGCCUGCCGAGCGCCCCAUGUGCACGCCUUCAAAGAGAGACCCAGAGUUCACAGACAAAAAGCAAAAGGUGGACGCCAUCGAUUACCUGACCGCGAGAAUCCAACGCCUUGAGUUGAAGAUCAAGGAAGCCCGCGAGACGGUGGACAGCAGAGAUGCCAUGCCAUUCGGGUUCGCCAGCUACGAGACUCUCGAAUCUGCACAUACGGUUGCAUUUGCUGCACGCAGCAAGCAUCCCGAAGGGACUACCAUUCGCCUUACUCCCAAGCCAAACGACAUAGUCUGGAAGAACCUGCUCCUCACCCCGCAGCAGCGGCGAUCGCGACGAUUCAUCAUGAACAUAUGGAUUACGCUACUCACAGUACUAUACUUCAUUCCCAACGCCGGCAUCGCUAUCUUCUUAUCAAAGCUGAACAACCUGGCGCUCUUUUGGGCAGCCUUCCAGACAGAGAUGGCAGCGCACCCCAAGUUCUGGGCUGCGGUACAGGGCAUCCUUGCGCCAGCACUGACAUCGCUGGUUUACUACUUCCUCCCCAUCAUCUUCCGUCGCCUGUCCAUCAAGGCUGGCGACCAGUCGAAAAGCUCUCGCGAGAAGCAUGUCCUUCACCAAUUGUAUGCCUUCUUUGUUUUCAACAAUCUGGUCGUUUUCUCCAUUUUUUCAGCCGUCUUUCAGAUCAUUAUGAGUGCCUUAGCGGCACGUCAGGGCGAUGCGAGCUUUUUCGCGGUCGUCAAGGCUAUCGAGCCUUUCCAACAGCUUAUGGGCGCCCUAUGUAACGUUUCGACGUACUGGAUCACUUGGCUUGUCCAGCGAAACCUGGGUGCUGUCAUCGAUCUAUCACAAGCUGUCAGUCUACUUUGGGGUUCAUUCUCGCGCAAGUUCCUCAACCCAACGCCCCGCGAGCUGAUUCAGCGUACCGCCCCGCCUCCAUUCGACUACACUAGUUACUACAACUACUUCUUGUUCUACUCGACAGUCACUUUGGUAUUCGGAUUGUUGCAGCCCAUCACUCUCGUUGUCACCGCAUUCUACUUUACUCUUGACUCCUGGAUGAAGAAGUAUCUCUUGAUGUACGUCUUCACUACCAAGAACGAAUCAGGAGGCCUCUUCUGGCGUGUAUUGUUCAACCGCAUGCUGUUCGGCGCCUUCCUUGCGAACGUCGUUACAGCAUGCCUAGUCGCUACCAAAGGCGGCACACAGCAGUAUAUGAUGGCGGCUGCUAUGGCUCCCCUGCCAUUCAUCAUACUUGGCUUCAAGAUCUACUGCAAGAGGACGUACGAUCAUUCAAUGAAGUACUACACCCACGGCACUUCAAUCGCAGGCACUGAAGCCCAGACACCAAUUGACAAGGAGGCUCGCAGACGCGACCGCGUUGCCACCCGCUUCGGCCACCCUGCUCUGUACCAGAAGCUGACCGUUCCCAUGGUCCAUGAGAAGAGCAAGCAUCUCCUUGCGGAGGUCUACCGUGGGCGUCUUGAUGGUGAAGUUGGUGAUAAUUCAGCAUUCGGUGACGUCUACUCGAUGAAGCGCAUGAGCAAGGAGAACCCAGGCAAGAUCGCAACAUCAGCUACUGGACCAUUUGAAUUCGUCUCGGAGAACAAUAUGGACUACGAAAACUUCAAAGAUCGCUCCGAGUUCAACUCUGACCAAGGGUCUAUGUACGGCGACAGCACCCGCCCCGCGUCGCCGUCCACACUAUGGGGUGAUAAUGGUCGCGGUCGGUCAUCAAGUCGCGGUAGUACGCGUGAUGAGCCCGGUGUUACGUACCCAGCGGGCUAUCACCAAACACCCAGCAACUUGCGCGAAUACAGCCCCAGCCCAAGCCCAGAGCCAGGGUUGCGUCACAUGGAGAGCAACUCGACCCAGCACUAUCAGACCCGUGACGACCAUGAUCUACUCAGCAGCGCGGCGCCUAUGGGGCAUCAGACGCCGAGUGGUUACACGCCGUACAAUCCCGAUAGGGACGGUGAAAGGAGGCACGAUUACUUCAGGAAGUAG